GUGGCAAUAGGAUUCUGAGCUUCAUAUUUGUCUAAAUGAGACUUAAGGAUUUCAUGGAGUCCCUUUCAAGCAAGGCUUUAGUUAACAGCACAGAAGAAGCAUUUCAUUUGUCACUAGGUAUGGAGUUCAGCACAUGUACUGGAUGUGCAUUCAAAUGUUUACUAGACAUUUGGUAAAUAUGUUACAGACUAAACUUACACACAAUAACCCUAAACUUAAUUUUUAUGAAACAUACAGUUCUCUGUUGAUGAUGUGUAGAUGUACUUUGAGCUGGGAUUGCAGGGUGCAGUUUUGGGGAUUUGCUAUGGUUAACUUCAAAGAGACUGAGCUCCAUCCUCGGUUGGUGACAGGUGGCUUAGCCCCGCCCACAUAGACUCCGCUAAGAUGACCCAGCCCACGCAACCAACAGCAGGAGCCUUUAUAGCCUAAUUGCACGACCAUAAGAUUAAUUUACACACGCUUGGCUGGAUACAGUCUGCACGUCUUCCCAAAGGUACAUUUGUACAUAGUUAUUUAUUGACACUAUUUGCGUAAAAAGCACAAUUAUUCUGAAUCAUUUCACUAAAGGACUCGGAUGCGGCCGCAGCUGCUGGCCAGGUGUCUGCUAAAUGCCAUCUGGCGAGAUCAUUUCCGGCCGAAUGCCCCCAGGUGGAUUACUUCUGGGUGACUGCCCCCCCCCCAGUCCAUACUACAGGUCCUGCAUUCCUUCCCUAUCUCAGUCCAGCUGCAUGUUCGUGGAGGAGAGGACCUGUUUCUCCAUCAGGAUCAGAAGAACUUCAAUUACGUUAACAUGGUGAUGGUAUCUGACUGGAAUUGGGACUCCCAUUAAUGAAAGGCUUACCUACUCGAAGAGGUUACAUGUGGAUAUUUUGCUGCCGAAGAAGUGAGAGUGUACCUGUGGAUGUUUAGAGGAUUCCUUAGCGUUGUCGCAACAGGGCUUAGCACCCAGACGCUAACGUUUGGCUGCGAGGCGGUGGGAUGCAGAUGUCUUGGAGGUCCGCCAAUUGCUGCGAGCGAUGACCUCCGGGGUGGCUGCGCGUGACUCUGUCUUUCUGACUGUCUACUCCGUCACCUUCCUGCUGGGCCUGCCAGCCAACCUGCUGGUGCUGGCCGUCUUCGUGCGGAAGGUGCAGAAGCGCGGUGCCACGCCCAACGUGGUGUACGCGCUCAACUUGUGCACUGCCAACCUGGUACUGGUGGUGUGGCUGCCGGUGAAGGCUGCCGAGAUCCUUCUGGAGACCUGGGCCCUGCCGGAGCCGCUCUGCCCUGCAUACAGCUUCUUCCUGUUCGCCUCGCUCUAUGGCAGCUGCCUUAUGCUGACCGCUAUGUCGGUGGGCCGCUACCUCAGCAUCGCCUUCCCCAUCAGCUACAAGAUGUACCGCCGUGCCCAGCUCUCCUGCUGCAUCAGUGCCGGGCUCUGGGCCCUGGUCCUCCUGCAUCUAAGUUUAGCCCUGGUCGCCGAGGAAAAUGUCUACUUUGUCUCCACGCGCCCCCAUGACAACAGCUCGGCCUGCUAUGAAAACUUCACCCCGGAGCAGCUGAAGGUGCUCCUGCCCCUACGUCUGGAGAUGGCCAUCCUGCUUUUCCUGCUGCCCCUGGUCAUCACUGCCACCUGCACCCUGCGCUGCCUGAUGCUGGUCCAGCGGUCCAGCCUGUCUCUGGGCCGGAAGAAGCGCGUCCUCGCCGUGGCCCUGUCCACCUUCGUGGUGUUUGUGGUCUGCUACAGCCCCUACAACCUGUCCCACGUGGUAGGAUUUGUGCAGGGCCGUAACGUGAGCUGGAGACAGGAGGCCAUGCUCUCCAGCUCCUGCAAUGUCUUCCUUCAGCCUGUCGUCAUGCUCCUGCUGUCUCCAGGGCCCCCCAGGUGCCUGAGAGCCAGGUUGUGUGGCCGCCAGGCCCCAGGGCUUGGCUUGUUUUGCCAGACACUAAUCUCACAGCAGAGACUGAGCAGCAGCAGUGACAAACAAACCUGAAGUGGAGCGCGGUCAUCACAACAGAGAUCAGAUCAAGAAGAAUGCGAUGACUUGAGAUUUAUAACUCUGGUUUCCCUGUGGGGUCCGGCUUCAGAUGGACUUCACUCUGAUUCUGAUGUUUGUGUUUGAGGUGAGCUGAAUGCUGGCCCUGCUAAGGUACUUAUUCAGGUUUUAAUACAGGGAGCCAAAAGUUUUUGGGAUGCUAAUGCUAAUUCGCUAAUUGCUAAUGCUAUGUUUAAGUGGAUCCUGCCUCUCUGUGGAGAGUCCUCAUUAGCAGUCAGCAAUGUUCCGGUUUUUAUGACACCGGUCUUAUUCAUUCUUCAACAUGGGGCUCCCUGGGGUAUGCAGAAAGAUCUUGUAAAACUUGACAAAAGACACUGUCGAUAAUCUUGUGUACAGUGCAUGCCAUUAGCCACUGGCGGCAUCUCUGCAGCAAAAAGCCCAUCAGCAGCUAGAAAUAUGAAAGGUAAGAAGUGCUUCGUUUUUGGUCACAGUACUUAGAAAAUGAUACAAUGAUAGCAGAGGGAUCUCCACCUUUGUGGCUCUUGUCGAUUCUCAUUCUCUGGUCCCUGAUUUAAGAACGGCUCUAGCUAAACAAGAUUCACGAUAACACUGACUUGAUGUUCCCAUUUUUUCGUCACCUUGUCAAUUUACAAAAAAAAAACUGAAGAAAUUGUAGGGUUUGAAUCAUAUAAUAACUUGUACUGUGGCCAUGUUAUUCGCCUGC